AAGAAGCUUUCCUUCCGUUGCAUCGAAAUGCCGAAUGUAUUCUUCCCGUCCACCAUCAUCAAACGUGCGCCUCUCCUGCUAACCUGAGCCUCCCCAUGCGCAUUUAACAUAUGCUCCACCACCCACCCGCCAUGCCAGGCGCCUCCAAACUGUCAAAUUUCACCGUCCUUUGCGCUCGCAAACCCUAUAAAUUGUCCAACAAUUUCUCCCCCUACCCCUCCGCCGUUGCUGCCACCGUCGCUUCCCCUAAGAGGUAUUUCGCCGGCUGCCGGUGGAGGAAAACCGCAUGGUUAUCUGCCGGACGCAUUGAAUUCGCCGCCUAUCGUUUUUGCCAUAUCCGGCAGAAUCCUCCCUUUGCUACCUCUGAUCCUUUGGGUAAAGGGACGGAUUGUCGUUUCCAUCGUCGUGCGGACGGUAAAUUUGGGGCUGAAAUGGGUGCCGCAGCUAAUGGCAAGGUCGACACACAAUGCAACGCUUCCGAUUUAGCGUCGCAGCGAAACAGCGGCGAGAAACCUUCGGGAAAGCAGCCUAAAUUUCUCACGUUGCCGACGAUCUUGACGAUUGGUCGCGUUGCCGCCGUGCCGCUCCUUGUCAGUACCUUUUAUCUUGAGAGCUGGUGGGGACCUGCUGCUACAACUGGAAUUUUCAUACUGGCUGCCAUUACGGAUUGGCUCGAUGGAUACCUUGCUCGAAAGAUGAAAUUGCUUACCCAGUUUGGUGCAUUUUUGGAUCCAGUGGCUGAUAAGCUUAUGGUAGCUGCCACUUUGAUCUUGUUAUGCACCCGGCCAGUUGAAGUUGGUGUGUUAGGUCCAGUGCCAUGGUUAUUUACGGUCCCCGCAAUUGUCAUAAUUGGCCGAGAGAUAACCAUGUCGGCAUUAAGGGAAUGGGCUGCUUCUCAAGACAAGAAGCUUUUGGAGGCUGUUGCUGUUAAUAAUUUAGGGAAAUGGAAAACUGCUACACAGAUGUGUGCAUUGACCAUUCUUUUGGCUGCCAGAGAUGGAAGUCUUGUUGGAGCUGGAACUCUGGUGUCAUCUGGGGUAGUGUUGCUCUACAUCUCAGCAUGGCUUUCGUUGUGGUCGCUGACAGUAUAUAUGAGGAAAAUUUGGAAAGUGCUGAUGCUAUAGAAAGAAGUGUAUUUUUGUGCAAUCCAAGGCAGGCAUACAUACAGUCUUGACUGGGAUCAUCCUACCCUUACCGCUCUCGCUCGGUCAUUACAAAGGGAGGGAUACGACCAAGUAAGUGCCGCUCCUCAAGAUUCUUUCACUUAAUGCAUACAUAGAAGUCCAAUCACAUGAGAAUGCUUGUGAAUUUUUGUUGUCAUUGUUGAGACCCGAAUGUUUAGGCUUUCGGUAGGCUAUAGCACUAUAAUUGUUGGGCUUCGACUCUCACCGGGGGGGAUAUGCUCACUUAUCAUAGUUUGUGUCUUGGUUUGUGCUUAUUCAUUCUUAAAGGUAUCUUUGAUUUCCUUCGUAAAUACAUGAAUACAAGUAUGUCCUA